GCGGCAAUCCGCUUUCCUUCCGAGCUCAGUUUCCCGCGAACUCGUCAGCUGGCGGAGGUGCGGCGAGGUGUGUAAGAUAACCUCAAACUCGCGAGUCAAUGUAAACAGUGUCCAGUGUUAUGGCGGAUACCAGUACCGUUAUCGAGGGCAGCGUGAAGUUCCGCGAUGGGAAAAAGUGGAAAAGCAGAUGGUGUGUGAUGCGGAGGUUGUCUCCUGUAGCAGACUGUCUCCACCUGCAGCUGUACAGAGAUAGCAAGGAUCGCUACAAGCAGGGACAAACCAAAGCUUCCCUCUCACUCCAAGACUUCCUCGGCGUCUAUUCUGGUUUCACCCUGGAUAAGGAGUCCAACACGAUAGCCAUCAUCUGCCAGGACGUGACAGUAGUUCUGGCUUUUGACACCAGGGAGCGCCUCAUACAGUGGCAGGUCAAGAUAGCCAACAAUCUCGGUGAAGACGAGCAGUUCCUGGUGCAGGUGUCGACAGCCCCGGCGAGAGGCAAAGUACCUCCAGGUCCUGCCAGACUCCAUGUGCAGGAACAUCGCUUCUGUCUGACAGUCGGGGUCCCCCCUCGGCUUGUGGGUCACUGGCAGGUUCGCCAACUCAGGAAGUAUGGACUGGUGGAUAACAAGUUCUGUUUCGAGGGUGGCUCCAGUUGUGGCAAGGGAGAAGGGUUGUACGUCCUUGUCACUGAUCAGGGAGAGAACAUCACCAGAGCUUUCCAGAUGGCGGCAGAGGGCAGGCUGGCCGUGCGCAGGCGACCUUUGGCCAGAAACAUGUCAGUGAUGACGAGUCCACGCCGGAGCAUGCACCCACGAGUUUCAGACCUGAGCUGCGUACAAUCGGUAGACUUGACUACAGACAGCAGCUGUGGGUGUUCCCGCAGUCACGACGACCUCCUGGGCUGGCCCUCAGCAGAACUGUGGUCCUCCCGCUCCCAGAGGUGUGAGUACGCAGACGCAGCCUCCACCGCUGACUAUGCAGAAAAAACAACUUCCUGGAGGGAGAGAGAUGGCAGACAGUUGGAGAGAUGUGCGAGUUGUAUCAGCAAGUUGGGGCUGUUGUCUCGGUCGUCUACUCUCACCACCACACCCGCCUGGUCCAUGGACAACUAUGACAGGAGACAUAUGACAAGUGGUUCUGUUUCACUGGCAAGUAACUACGACAGGACUACAGUGUCUUCUAUGGAAUACUGGACUCCCCAGAGCAGCUCACCACCAUCAGUUGCCAGUCGACAGAGGAGCUACGGAGUGCCUGGGCGUCCUGUGGCGGUCAAACCUCCAGUUCCCCACCACUGCCACAGUCCCUACAGCAACUACGAUGUGCCCAGACCUGCACACAACAGAAGCUGUGUCUCAAAUUCUUCAGAGCUUGCCAGCAACAACUGCAGGAAUAUUGGUGUAGCAGGAGAGAAUUAUGACACUCCGCGCAACAUCAGAGAAAGUCUGCCGAUACAGCCAGAACUACUUGGCCGAGUGGAGCUUUGUCACUGUUGUGGCAAAACUAAACAUCAACAUCACUGCACAAGUGUGGUGGUAGAGAAGGAGAACCCUCGGAUGUUGGCGUGUCCGUGUCAGAGGGUUAUGUGUUGGGCAGGCAGUUGGAUGAGGCUUCCGUACCUGCUGACAGGAGCCUUCCGCAACAACGGUCUCACCAACACCACCAUCCACAAGGUGAAGCUGGAUGGUGAGGGGAAGAUGCCCUUUGUCAACUGCAGAGGUGAGAACUACAGGUGUGAGACACCCAGCAACAACUACCCAUUGAGGGCAACUCUAGAAGAUGUGCAAGAAUGUGAGAGGACGGACAGUAGAGGAAAUCCUGUCCUCAAAGCAAAGAAGACUCAAUACGCAAACAUUAAAGUUAUCAUGGAAAAUACAGCAGAACAUUCAGAACCUGUAACAAAUCAACAACAACAACAACAUGAAUCUAACCCUACCUUGCCCUAUGCUAACUUAGAAUUUGCAAAAUCUUUAGAAUACUAUGAAAAUUCCAGAGACUUGUUGCAGAAAGCAGAAAUCUGUAAAAAUCUAGAUAAUAAUAACAAAGCUAUUUAUAAUGAAGUCAAAGAAGACGCAAAAAAUGGUGGCAACUGCUGUACCAAGUGUGGACAUACCUGGAACAAUCUUCCCCCAAAACCGAGUCCAAAGAAUGACGAUUAUCUGAUAAUGGAGCCAGCUGUGAACCAUCCCUUGCAGAGACGUCAGAGCCAACCAUCGUCCCCACUGCAGUCUCCGGUACACGAGAAGGUAUCUCAGGGUUACCUCCCUAUGCUUCCGAUUUCAGGAAAGACCGAGGAGUUGCAGCAUCUAAGAAUGAGGCAGUUAAAUGAAAAGUCUCAGAGCACACCCAGUUUACCCAUUCCGAGACGGAAAAGUUUCAACAACCCGUCUGUUCACGGAUCACUGGUAUACCACAGCAUAUCUGAAACCAACAGUCCCUAUCCGAGAAGACGUUUGAUGACGAGUGCAGCCUCGAUAGAGCCUGACAUAAGGAAGGAACUUCUUGUCCCUUCUGUUAGAAAAAGAUCAAGUUCUAUGGACUCCUCCAGGUAUCUAGAGAACCUCGAGAGUAUCGAGGAGAAAGUUAUCUCACCAAACAGAACCAUCGUAAAUACACCGACAAUCAGCAAUGCUACUUCAAUAGACUCUCUGUCAGACCUGUCUCUGAACCAGAGACCAAUACCCACAAGCAGCAGUGAGCACGGACUCUCUAGAGUUGACCACUCGGACUACGUUCCUUGUAAGACGAGCCUGACUCUUCUGACUGAAGAGGCUACAAGUAAAGAGGCCACUAUUACUAUCUCAAAAAGUGACAAUCCCGUCAGCAAUCCCACAGUGCACAUAAAAAGAUCGGCGAGUAUUCCCUGCAAGUCGGUCUAUAAUCGAGAUUCCUCCAGCUCCAAUGAUUCUGGAGUGUCGACCGGAUCUCUUCAGUUCCGACGGAGAGACUUGAUGGAACUGGAUUUCAACUCGAUCAGAAAGAGAUCUGUUCCAGAUAAGCUUAAAAUUGUCAGGGAAAAUGUUCUUAGUGAGAUACCAAUUUUGAGGAAAUCAAAAUCUGUCGAUCCUUUUGAUCAAAUGAGCUUUGAAUUCAGUGAAAUUAAACCUCCAGUGAAAUCUUCUUCAGCAGGAGCUAGCGUCCCAGUCUGUGUCACCAAAAUUGAUUCUAAAGGAUUUCUGAGUCCAGGAACUGUGCCAUAUAUAGACUCCCACAGUACCAGCAGCGGUACCUCUGACAUGUCUGACUACAUCGAGACUCUCUCCUUGUCAUCCUACACAUCUUCGGACACUCCGGACAGCUUUCUCCUGAGCCACCCUGCAGUGAACACCCUGAGGCCACGGUCAGGCAAGGAGUACCACACUAUAGACAGGACAGCUCUCAGGCCACAAACAAAUUCAACAGUGAUAAGCAGCUCUGGUUCUGCAGAAGUGAACAGCUCGGAAGCAUAAGGAACAAAAGUGAGAGGAAACCCAACAGUUAUUGUUUGAUACCAUCAUUUUGGAUUCAACGUGGUCGGCAAAAACGUUUACUGUAUCAAAAUAAAAUAAAACAAUAAUCAGCAGUGAAGGGUUUUGAUACCAGAAGAAAUGAAAAAAAUAGGGUAGGAGACAUUUGAAACUUGUUUGUGAAUCAAAAUCUAUAAAAUUAAAAAAACAUUAUUAUCAUAUUCCCACUUUUUAUUAUCAUGUUCAAGAAUUGAAACCAAGUCUCAAUUUAAUUAAUUGCCGUUUUUUAUAGUUGUAGUUUGAAUAAUACGACUACAACCAAUUAUUUUACCAUACUUAAAUUAUUUAUUUAGAUGAAAUCUAAUUUCGUUAUUGUUCCUUUAGGAGAGUUUAAGGUUAAAUCUCUAUAAAAAUACCUGUUAAAGUUACCAAAAAUAGGAUAUUCUUAUUCAUGUAAGUUUUUAGCCAAGAAAGCUUUUAGUUUAAAGAAUAUACAAUGGUGAUUUAAUAUAUUUUAAUGUUGAUUAAUUUAUUUAUCCUCUCUGAUCUAUCAUUAUUACGUACUAUCACAUUUUUUCUGGUAAAUACUUUUACAUUUUUUUUUAGUUAACUGUUUACAGAAAUCACUGUUUAGUAAUUAGGAUAUCUGUUAUCAAUGAACUUGUUAAUUGAAAUUGGUCUACUGUUUAAGAUUGCUUUACUACUUAUAAUUAUACAAUUUUAAUUAAUCAUUGUUUUAUUAAAUAAUCUGAUAUUUUAAUAAUAAACGUACAUUGAAUUAAAUGUUGUAAAACUCAUUGUUUUUAUUUUUUAAAUUCUUGCAUGUAAAAAAUAAAUAAAUCUUGUGAUAAAAAGGUUAUACUGAAGUUUCUAUGUUUUUAAUGUGUCACAUCUUGAAAAGUAAAGAAAACUUGCUUAGUUUUACAAAUUGAAAUAAAAUUUGUAUAAACUGUAAAAACUGAUUUGCAACCAGUCUACUUGUAUUAUUUGUUAACCACUGUAAUUAUUUGAAACUAGCUAGUCCAAGUAAAUAAAAAUGUCAAGUAUUAAAAAAAACAUUGUACUUAUGUGAUAUAUUUGUAUACCAUAAUUGUAAAUAUAUACGAUAGUUUUAAUAACAUUUAUACACCUCUCGGGUUCUGUAGUAACCAGAACCUAAAUUAUUACUGGAGAGGAGUAUAUGAAGGACUUUAAUACUGUACAAGAUAGAUUGCCCUUGUGCCAUAGUUUGUGUAGAAAAUCUUAUUCUUGUACAUCGACACUGGCCUAAACCAAUAUAUGUGUUUUGUAUGUGUAUGUUUGUAAUAAGUCAUUGUGUAUAUAUAAAUGUGAGAUGAUU